UUUUCGGCCGCUGCGGCAGGAGCAGCUCCGGGCGGGCGGCCGCCGCUACCCGUCGCGGGACGGGACCGGACCGGACGGGUCACGCCACGCCGCUGAUUUCCCUGCUCCCUUUCAGCCUGGUUUCUGGAUUGGGCUUGCAGAGAUGGGAGUUGUGAUGCUGUCAGGAGGCAGUCAGCUUUGGUAAAACUCCCAGGUUUUUUCCCUACGUUUCCUGUGGAACAGAGAGACUCAGCGUGUGCCAGCAUGGCAGAAAAAGUGAACAACUUCCCUCCCCUGCCGAGGUUCAUCCCCCUGAAGCCAUGUUUCUACCAGGACUUUGAUGCAGAGAUCCCACCACAGCACCGUACCAUGGCCAAGCGGCUUUACUACCUCUGGAUGUUGAACAGCAUCACCUUGGCGGUGAAUCUCGUUGGCUGCCUCGCAUGGCUGAUUGGAGGCGGUGGAGCUGUUAAUUUUGGACUGGCAAUUCUCUGGCUCAUUCUCUUUACGCCCUGCUCCUAUGUCUGCUGGUUUAGACCUAUUUACAAAGCUUUCAAGACAGACAGUUCCUUCAGCUUCAUGGCCUUCUUCUUUACCUUCAUGGCCCAGCUGGUGAUCAGCAUUAUCCAGGCAGUGGGAAUCCCUGGCUGGGGCGUCUGCGGCUGGAUUGCAGCGAUUUCCUUCUUUGGGACCAAUGUGGGGUCGGCCGUGGUGAUGCUGAUCCCCACUGUCCUGUUCACAGGGAUGGCGGUCUUCUCCUUCAUCGCUCUCACUAUGGUGCAUAAGUUUUACCGGGGGAGCGGGGGGAGCUUCAGCAAAGCCCAGGAGGAGUGGACCACAGGGGCGUGGAAGAACCCCCAUGUCCAGCAGGCAGCACAGAGCGCAGCGAUGGGGGCGGCGCAGGGGGCCAUGAUGCAGCACGAGACGCAGUACUCAGCCACCCCGAACUAUACUUACUCCAAUGAGAUGUGAGCAGCGGGACUGUGUCCUUGGGCAAAAGAUCUGGGGGCUGGGAAGGGAGGAGGAGGAGGAUGGCUGAGCCGAGUUUCUGCAGCUAUUUCAGAAAGUCAGAGCGUACCUUAAUGGUGGUUCUUUUCCUGUUCUUUGUAACGAGAUCAUUUGGGAUUUUUUUCUUUUCUCCCCGUUCCGUUGUUGUCUCGAGCUCUUAUUUUCUCUAUUAUUUUUCAUUUUGAAGAGGCUGUGAGUUGACCUGCA